AUGCCAAAUCAUUUCAUUCAUAGUUUUAUAUAUAAUGAAAAAGUUUCACAACUUUUAGAAAUUAGUAAAUGUUUAAUAUCAUUAUCGAGUUAUUAUCAAGAUUAUUAUCAACAAUUAAUUAAUAAAUCUUAUAAAUUAAACUCAUCAACUUUAAAAUCAUAUGAAAAUGUUAUUAAAAUUUUAAUUAAUGAUAAACCGGAGAAAUUAUUAACAAUUGAAGAAUUUGAAAUUAUUAAAGAGAAAUUUAAAAAUCAAAAUAUUUUAGAAUUAAAAGUUUAUGAAAUUUGUUGUACAGAUUCAAAUGUACAAUAUUUAUUUAAAAUGAUUUUACCAUUCAUAUCAUUAUCAAAGCUAUUAAAUAAUCUAUCAUUCUAUAAAAUGAAAUAUAAUGCAAAUUAUCAUCGUGAUCCAAUUCAUGAUAUUGUAAAUUACCAUAACCCAAUUUCAUUUGGCGAUUAUUUAGUUUUACAAAAUUCAAAUAAUUCUAAAACAAUAAUUGAACAAUUUUCAACAAAUACAUUAUUUAAAUAUUGUAAAUCUGAUAAAGAAAAACAAUUACAAUUCAUUUCAAAUGUAAUUAAUGAUAUUAUUAAAUUUGAAAAAUAUGAAAAUUUUAAAAAUCAAAAUCAAGAAUUGGGUGAAAAAGUAGAUGAUGAUGAACAACAAAUUAAUCAAUCAUCAUCAUCAAGUGAUUUAAUUAAUAGUUUUUUAUCAACAUUAAUUGUAUUAAAUCAAUAUGAAUUUAUUAAAUUAGUAUUUGAAGAAUUAUCAAAAAGAUUAAUUAAUCCAAUAAUAUCAAUACCAUAUUAUUAUUUCCUUUUAUUAGAUUCAAUUGAAAUUUUUGAUUAUUUAUUUUUAAAAGUUAAACAACAACAACAAAAAGAUCAAAAAUUAAAUAAUGAAUUAGAUUUAAAACAAUUUUUAUUAAUUAAAAAUGAAAUAAUUAUAAAUCAUUUUAAAGAGAAAUAUCCAGAUAGUUAUCAUUUAAUGGUUGAAUUAAUAAUUAAAGAAUUAAAAUUAAAUGCAAAAAGAAAUUCAAUUGAUUUUAAAUGUGUAAAGUAUGCUUGGGAUUUACAUUUAUUAGAAUCAAAAGAUGAUUUUAAAAUCAUUUGGUAUUCAAUUAUUAUUGAUGAAUUAACAUUUGAUCAAUACAUUUGGUUAAUUCAAAGAACACCAAAAUCAAUUCCAUAUAGAAUUGGUAAUCUUAAUAAUAGUGAUACCUAUUUUAAAAAUAAUAAUAAUGAUGAUGAAGAUGAUAAAAAUUAUUUUUCAAAUUGUGGUAGUAAUCCAAAUAAAAAUUUAAUUCAAGUUUUUAAAUGGAUUGAUGAAAAUAAGAGAGACCAUUUAGUUUCAUCUGAUCAUCAUUUAUAUUGUUAUUUUGAUAAUCAAGUAUUUUAUUUAUUUAAUUACUUUAAUAAAUCUUUAAAUUUUUAUAUUGGAUUAUGUAUUUCUCAAUAUUUCUUUAAAUUUAUGAAUCCAGUUUGGAAUCAAAUUGCAUUACGUGGUGAUACUGAAACUUUAGGUAGAAUAAUGUCAACUUUCUUUUACAAUGAACAACAAUCAGUUAAUGAAAAACAUUAUCUUUAUAAUUUCAUUAAAAAGUCAACAAUUUAUGGAAACUUAAAAAUUAUUCAAUUUUUAAAUCAAAAUUAUCCUUUUGUUUUUCAAACAUUUAAAGAUUCUUCACAAUCAUUCUCAUUUUCUUCUUCAAAUAAUAAUAAUAAUAAUAAUAAUAAUAAUAAUAAUAAUAAUAAUAAUAAUAAUAAUAAUAAUAAAAAUAAUAAUAAUAUUGAUAAUAUUGAUAAUAAUAAAAAUAAUAAUAAUACACCAACAAAAAAAAAUAGAUUCUCGGUAGCAAUAACAAGUUUAAUUAAAAACAAUAAUAAUAAUAAUAAUAAUAAUAAUAAUAAUAAUAAUAAUAAUAAUAAUAAUAAUAAUAAUAAUAAUAAUAAUAAUAAUAAUAAUGAUUUUAAUAAUAAUAAUAAUUCAAAUAAUUUGAAUAAUAAUCCAUUAAAGAAAUUAUUAAAAACUGAUUUGGAUAGUAUAAUAGAGUUAUGUAUAAAUAAUGGUCAUGUUGAAUUAUUUUUAUACUUUAAAAAUUCAAUUUUACAUUCAUCUUUUUCAAUUCCAACUUGUAUUAUUCAAUCUAAAAACAAUGUUUCCUUAUUAAAUCAUUUAAAUAUAAAAUUGAAUUCUGAAAUUUUAAAUGGAAAGAAAAUAAAGAAUAUGUUUUAA